AUGCGUCUUUAUUAUGUCGGAAUUGUUAGGCCAAAAUCUGGCACCAAGAAGACUCUAACACUCUCGGAAGAGAAGGAUUUGGCUGAUUUCUCCUUCUUCCAAAGAACUAGUGUCGGUCAGUUUAUGACAUUUUUUGCAGAAACUAUAGCAGAAAGGACGAAGCCAUCAGAAAGACAGAGUGUUGAGGAAGGUAACUAUGUGGGCCACGUUUAUACUAGAUCGGAGGGUAUUUCGGGAGUUUUGAUUACCGAUAAAGACUAUCCUAUAAGGCCAGCAUACACACUACUCAAUAAGCUUGUGGACGAGUAUCUUUCAACACAUCCACAAUCCCAGUGGCAGGAUUUAACGACUGCAAAUGAUCAGUCAAAGAUGGACAAUCUUCAAACGUAUAUAACGAAAUAUCAGAAUCCUGCAAAAGCAGAUGCUAUUAUGAAGGUCCAACAGGAGUUGGACGACACUAAGAUCGUCCUACAGAAGAGUAUAGAGAGUGUGCUUCAGAGAGGUGAACAGUUGGAUUCCUUGGUGGACAAGUCCGAGGCAUUAACUGCAAGCUCUAAGACUUUCUAUAAACAAGCCAAGAAGACGAAUUCGUGCUGUGUCAUUAUGUAA